AUGUGUGGCUGCAGAGCAAGCGUUCCCAGCACGAAGCAGUACUCGGUCAAUCAGCCAGCUCCUGCUUCCACCAAAAAAAGCCCUUCGGCUGCAGCAGGCAUGCCCAAGCGCAUACCUAUAGCCAAGCAGCUGUCAUCAAUAAAAGCUCUAGGAAAAGGCUCAGACCUUGAAAAAGCUUUUGCUACCAUGGCGUUGGUGUAUAACAACUCUGCUGACCCCGAGGGCAAGCUCAGCAAAGCUGAAACCAAAAGUUUGCUGCAAACCCAGUUUUGGGGUUUCAUACAGGGCCAAGAAAGCAAACCAAAAUACCAGGAAAUAAUUUCUGCCCUGGAUGAGGAGUUGGAGAACAAAAUUGAUUUUGAAGAUUUCAUGAUCUUGUUAGUCAGUCUCACUCUAACGUCUGACCUGCUGCAGGAGAUCAAAAAUGUGAAAACCACAAAAUGA